ACACCGAACGCCGCCAUGGCCGGCACAAGGUUCUCGUCCUACCACCUCGCCGCGGCGCUCCGCCGCGAGCGGGACCCCUCCGCGGCGCUCCGCCUCUUCCUCAGCCCGCCGGGCGCCGCCGCAACCCCGUUCCGCUACUCCCUUCGCUGCUACGACCUCAUCAUCUCCAAGCUCGCCGCCGCGCGCCAGUUCCCGGCCAUGGAGUCCCUCCUCUCCAGCCUCCGCGCCUCCCCCCUCCAGCCACGCGAGCCCCUGCUCCGCUGCGUCGUAUCCGCCUACGGCCGCGCCCGCCUCCCCGCCGCCGCCCGCCGCGCCUUCGCCCACCCCGCCUUCCCCGGCCCCCGCACCGCCCGCGCCCUCAACGUUCUCCUGCACGCCCUUGCCGUCUGCGGCGCGCCCCUCGCCGAGCUCCUCUCCGUCUGCCGGGACGCCGCCAUCCCUCCGGACGCGUGCACCUACAACAUCCUCAUGCGCGCGGCGUCUGGUGGCUCCGUCGACCACGCCCGCCUCCUGUUCGACGAAAUGCUGCAACGGCGGAUAGCCCCGACCGUCGUCACGUUUGGCACCUUGGUGGCCGCGUUCUGCGAUCAUGGUCGGCUCGAGGAGGCGUUCGACGUCAAGGACGCCAUGGCUGAGCAGUACAAUGUGAGGCCAAAUGCCCAUGUGUAUGCCAGCUUGAUGAAGGCGCUCUGCCAGAGGGGGGAUGUGGACAAGGCGGUUAGGCUCAAAGAGGAGAUGGCGGCGAGCGCAGAUCUUGGGCCGGAUCCCGCCAUUUACGCGACCUUGGUCAGGGCGUUGUUUAGGGGUGGCCGGAAAGGGGAGGUGGUCGGUUUGCUGGAAGAGAUGAAGCGAAGGGAUGUUCGGGCUGACACAGUGGUGCACAAUGCAAUGAUCGCAGGUUUCUGUGAGGAUGAAGGCGAUUUAGAUGCUGCGUUUGCGGUGCUUGAUGACAUGCGAAACAGAGGGUGCAAGGCAGACGCGGUGAGUUAUAACACCUUGGUUGCUGGGUUGUGCAAGUUGGGGCGAUGGCGGGACGCAAAUGAGUUGGUUGAGGACAUGCCUAGAAGGGGCUGCCCUCCUGACGUGGUCACAUACAGAAUGCUCUUUGAUGGGAUGUGUGUUGCUGGGGCGUUUCAUGAGGCGGAUCAGGUUUUGGAUGAGAUGAUUUUUAAGGGUUUUGCGCCAAGCAAGGACUGUGUGACCAAGUUCAUUCAGGGAAUUGAGAGGGAAGGGAAUGCGGUGUUGCUAGAGUCAGUGUUGUGCCGUCUGGCAAAGGUGAACGCCUUGGAGUCAACUGCAUGGGAGAAAGCUGUUAGCAGUGCGCUGAAUGAUCCUGCAGAGCUUAUGAUAGAAAAACAUCUGGAUAAUUUAAGAUUCACUUAACUGGAUCUCUGGAUACUUGAUUAACAUGGUUGUUUUCCUGAAA